GUUUUCGCUUCUCCUAUUCUUCUUCUUCUUCACUCCUUCUCACUCUCUCUUAGAAACCCUAGAAAUUUCCAUCGCCGGAGAGUUCACAAUCGUUUAGAAUGGGGAAUUUGUUCGACAAGGAGCCGCCGCCGCCUAUAGUGCUCGUCCCGCCGCUCUUCGAUUAUCCGCCUCUCGCCGCUCGCACCAGGAUGUUGGAGUCGUCAUAUGACUUGUUGUUUGGGAAGCUUGCUUUGAAAGGUCUGUUUCAGGAUUAUUUUGAACAAGCAAGGCAUUUCAGCACAAUGAUCAUGCUAAAGCCGAUUGAUGACCCUCAUGUGGAUUUAGUUGCAACGCUCUCUGGUCCACUUGAUCACAAACCUGAGGAGACCAUUGUUGGGAAUGCAUUUUUCCGCUGGCAAAGUGAUGUUCAUGAUCCUCACACAUUCGUGGACCUCUUCGUAUCAAACUCAGAUCCGAUUUUGCAGACGAGGGCAUGUGCUUACUACCCAAAAUUUGGAUUUGGAGCAUUUGGUGUUUUCCCGGUGCUGCUAAAACAAAGAAUAACAUGUGAGGACUUUGGUGUUAUGGGAUUGAGAUAUGGCUCAGCAAACUUAUCAAUUGGAGCCACAGUCAUGCCUUUCUCUGUGAAAGAUGAUUUGCCAAGAAAGGCAUGGUUGGUGACCAAAAUGGGAAGUCUAACUGCAGGUGUGCAGUAUGAGCCAGAAUUUGGGAGCAAAGAUGGUCAAAAAUACAAAGACUUAAAGAAUUGGAGUGGUGCAAUUGGGUAUGGAGUGGGAUCAGGCAGCCCUUUGAGUCCAUCAUUCAAUUUUGGUCUCGAGCUUUCGAGAAGUAAUCAGUUCACUGCCUCGUUCUAUCAACAUGUGGUGGUCCAAAGACGGGUGAAAAACCCCCUCGAAGAAAAUCAAGUUGUUGGGAUUACGAAUUAUAUCGAUUUUGGCUUUGAAUUACAAUCAAGGGUUGAUAGGUUUGAUGAUACCAAAACAUCAGACGAUGAAUCAAACUCAAACAAAGUACCAGAUCCUAAGAAUAUACCAGAUUCCACCUUUCAAAUAGCUGCAUCUUGGCAAGCCAACAAGAACUUUUUGCUGAAGGGAAAGGUGGGCCCUCUCAGCUCAUCGCUAGCAUGGGCAUUCAAAUCAUGGUGGAAACCUUCUUUCACAUUCAGCAUUUCAGCUGUCAGAGAUCACAUAUUUGGAAAUACAGCUUACGGUUUUGGCAUUCGUGUUGAGAAUAUCAGACAAGCCAGCUACCAAAGAGCCGAUCCAAAUUUUGUAAUGUUGACACCAAGUAAGGAGCACCUGGCAGAAGGCAUUGUUUGGCAAGCUGGGAAACGGCCGAUGCUAGAGUCAAAUAUAAAUGCUGGAAAUUUUGACGGCGUACCAAUGGAAUUACAACCCUUGCGAAAAAUUCUGUAACUUUGCGUCGUGAGUGGCUCAUUUACAGAAGUCUUUGGAGUUGGAACUAAUCAAUGCUCAGAGACUGGAUUUUUUUCACAAUUGGAAAUUUCCACCGAGCAUUCUAGAGCCAUAUGGGUUUGGAAUCCCAACCGCCUUUAUCUCAAUAUAUAGGAGGUUUUACUUUUCUUUCUUUUGAGGGAUAUAAAAUGGGAGUUUCGAUCAUGAGUUUUGUGAAUAUGCUGAUCCUUUUGGAGUACUCCUAGGAGAGUCUAAUCUAAUCUAAUGAAUUGUUCGCUUUCAUAGGUCAGAAUUUUCACCCCAUGUAAUUUUCCUUUUUACUUCAUUACAUUAUUUACCAAAGCGGAUUAGACUGAUCGAUUAGGAUAACAAAUUGAUGACAAAGAUUUCUGCUUUAGAUUUUUAUAAUAAGCACGAAAUUUCCUGAGAAGGAUAUAGCAUUGUACAUAUCAGCCUAGUCAUUUGGCUCGAGGGAAAAAUUCCUUUCAAAUGGUGGU